AUGUCGUUGGUCGGUGUUUCAACAUCGACUUUAACGGAAUUCGAACAGCAGUAUUCUCUCCAAACAGCUGAGGUGACGUCAACCAUUGCUCGUCUCCCGUCGUUACCAGUAUCAGAACGACCGGCCAGUGUGCAAGCUGUCCAACGCAUUCUGACAGAUGUGGCCGAACUACUUGAGCAGAUGGAGCUCGCCGUGCGAGACUUAGCAGCUGGCAGUGCCGAGAGGACCAAAUACGAGCUACGAGUUAAAAGCUAUCGUAAUGAUAAACGCUUGUUGGACAGUGAACUUGAGAAGGCUAUUAAGCGUCUGCGUGAGGCCGCAGAUAGAGAUGAACUACUCGCUUAUGAUGAGGCAGUGGAAAUGGAUCAGCAGGAAGAGCAAUUGAUAGCAAACACUGAGCGAUUAGAAAGAUCAUCGAGAAAAAUCCAGAACGCAUAUCGCAUGGCUGUCGAAACUGAACAGAUUGGAACAGAAGUGCUGGGAAAUUUGUCGCAACAAAGAGAAACGAUUAGUAGAGCUCGAGAAAGAAUGCGUGAAGCUGAUGUAGAAUUAGGAAGGAGCAAUCGUUUGCUGAACACAAUGAUUCGAAGGUACGACCGUUCUGGAUAUUGA